UAUGUUUUGCUACUUGACAUUGUCGUCAUCUUUUCGCGACUGCUCUCGCUGCUCUUCAGGAAGCGAAAUUAACAGGAAUCGGUAAAAGACUUGAACGACGCCAAGCAUCUGCCGACUGCUACAGCUAACGGGCGCUUUGUUUUGCUGAGAAGAAGGGGGCACUAUGUCUGGAAGUUUCUAUUUUGUCAUGGUUGGUCAUCAUGACAAUCCUGUGUUUGAGAUGGAGUUCUUGCCAGCUGGGAAGCCUGAAUCAAAGGACGACCAUCGUCAUCUGAACCAGUUCAUUGCACAUGCAGCUUUAGAUCUGGUGGAUGAAAACAUGUGGCUGUCCAACAAUAUGUACUUGAAAACUGUGGACAAGUUCAACGAGUGGUUUGUUUCUGCCUUUGUCACUGCAGGACAUAUAAGAUUCAUCAUGCUGCAUGAUGUACGACAAGAAGAUGGAAUCAAAAACUUUUUUAAUGAUGUAUAUGAUCUAUACAUUAAGUUUGCAAUGAAUCCAUUCUAUGAAAUAAAUGCACCAAUCCGCUCGACAGCUUUUGAGAGGAAAGUCCAGUUUCUUGGAAAGAAACAUCUGCUGAGUUAACCAUGUCACAUGUGCAGAGAUUUGAAUGCAUUUUGUAUCAUAUACCUAACACACUUGUUUGAUGUCUGUCUAUUUGACUUUUCCUGUUUGACAAAUGUAACACAGAUGUGGAUUUUCUAUAAAGCAUUUUCUUGUCUUACCUA